AUUCAAUCUCAACCCAAAAGCGGCAGCCCGCCAGACGCCACCUCUUUCUUUGCUCUUUCUCACCGUCCCUCCCAGCCCCCCCCCCCCCCCCCACCCUCUCCCCCAGUGGAUUCUUACGCUUCCAGUCAACAGGUUCUCCCUAAAGCCGAGUCCAUUGGGCGCGAUCGAGGAGGAAGUUGACGGGCGUGGAAUUGGUUAACGGCGUCGGUCCAAUCAGCCCGUCAUCGGAACCGCGAUUGAGGAGCCAAAAGGAGGGGGAGAGCGGUGAGGACGGGGGGGUAGGGAGGAGGGUGGGGGAAGAAAGCAUCGAUUCCUUGUGAAGCCGCCUGCCGCGCAUCCUUAGCCCGCUCAUUGCCGUGUCCACAUCCGCUCCAUCAUCACCACCAUCCCGAAAGAUCCACAAUGAAGGACCGCAUGCAAGAACUUCGACAUGGGAAGGAGACGACAGAGGAGGAAGAUGAAGUGGCCGUGGGGAUGGACAAAGGAUUCAUGGAUGAAUUCUUUGAGCAGGUGGAGGAAAUCCGAGGUUUCAUCGAGUCUCUGGCGGAGAAAGUCGAGGAGGUGAAGAGGAAACACAGCGCCAUUCUUGCAUCACCAAACCCUGAUGAGAGAACAAAAGCCGAACUGGAGGAUCUAAUGGCAGACAUCAAGAAACUGGCCAACAAAGUGCGCUCCAAAUUAAAGAGCAUUCUGCACACUAUCGAGCAGGAAGAAAGUCAGAACACGUCGUCAGCCGAUUUGAGGAUACGCAAGACACAGCACUCCACAUUGUCCCGCAAGUUUGUGGAGGUGAUGUCGGAGUACAACACCACCCAGUCGGACUACAGGGAGCGCUGCAAGGGCCGCAUCCAGAGGCAGCUGGAGAUCACUGGACGCAAUACGACAAACGAGGAGCUGGAAAGCAUGCUCGAAAGCGACAAUCCUGCUAUCUUCACGUCGGGGAUCAUCAUGGACAACAUCACCCAGCAGGCCAUGAACGAAAUCGAGACGCGGCACACUGAGAUCAUCAAGCUGGAAAACAGCAUCCGAGAGCUUCACGACAUGUUCAUGGACAUGGCCAUGUUGGUGGAGAGCCAGCACUUGAGAACACUGCAGCCAGCUAACGCUCAAAGGGCGAGCUGGUGAACAACAUAGAGCGCAGCGUGUGGGAGGCGCAGGACUAUGUGGAGGAAGCAAAAGACACCAUCCCCAAAUGCAAGAAGUUUAAAAAGACCAGCAGGCGGAAGAUGAUCCUGAUCGGAGCUUGUAUUGCUGCUUGUUUAAGUGUCCUCGUAAUUUGUCUGGCAGUUGGCCUCAGUUAGGACACAAGAAGGUACUUGCAGAACAAUCCAGCCCCUUUGACGAUCAUAACCAGGCCCAUUUUCUUGUUCACAUGCGGUAAAUGGACUUUGUGCUUUUUGCAAAGAAAGUGGCCUAGCGUACCUUGAGCCUUCAUUGUCCUAAUGUUUCAAAAGACAACACUGAUUUUCCGCUGCGUGAUUCUCACACCUGCAACAUGUCUGUAACACACACGACUCCUGCAGAGCUUUUGCAUGUUUUCCCCUCCCAACACAAAUCCACAAAAAAAACAUGCUUAACGGGGACAUUAUUUUGAAAAUGUACUUGUUCUUGUUAGUACAGUCUACACACAAUUUUGCGCCACGGGUGAAAUUAAGCAGUUGAGUAAGUCUGCCUAUUUUGGAAAAUGCAUGUUGUUAAAUUAUGCAUUGGUGGCUUGGCGCUAGGGGUUGAACUGAUUGUCACAGAGCAUGGAGGAGCACAGUUGCUGGCCUCGAUAGCCUCUCUCGCUUUGGCUCUUCCGAAAAUAUCAAUGAGGUCAUCGAUUGAUUUUUUUUUAUCUUCAUCAUGUUGUAAACUACUUUAUUUUGGUGAACACAAUGUACAGUCUGGAUGUGAAGCCCAAUGAUUUCCUGAACAUUUACACUUCAUAAAGUCACUAGAUUUGUUUCUCAAUGCUUCAUUGAAACAAUGGGUGUCCAACUCAAAGCCCCGGGGCCAAAUCUGGCCCACUACAUCAUUUUAUGUGGCCCGCGAAAGCAAUGAUGAUUGCUCAAAUCUGUACCAAAAUUUCAACUUCUCAUAUUGUAAUAAAUGAGCGAGAUAUUGUCAGCAUUCUCUCGUGAACAAACCCCUCAUUACAGUAGUUGACUUCUUUAAAUGGUUUCACGGGCAGAACGGCCCUCUGAGGGAAACGGUCAGUAAAUGUGGCCUGCGACAAAAAUGAGUUUGACACCCCUGAUUUUAAAACAAUCAUGUCAUUCACUUGAGAGGUUGUAAAGUUGUUGAAUUUCAUAACGAAGUUGCUGAAUUGUCAACACCCAGUAGGCUCGCUUCGUCGCAUGCUCCAGUUCAGCCGCUGGUCGUCAUGGUAACCAAAGCCAUAAAUUCAUGAAAAUGUCAGGUUUUAUUGUUUUUCACGAGACCAAGUCAUAUGUAUUUAAUUUGCCUGACGUUUUGCGCAACAAAUGAGAAGUUGAGUUUUGGAUGUGGCUGAAUUGCGAUGGAACGAAAACCCAAUUAAAUUCUUAAUAAUAUGCCAGAUUGCAAGUUUUUUUUCCCCCAAUAUCAUGCAGCCCUAAAUUUAAAUCAGGGGUCGUUAUAAUGUAUGGCAUCUUUGAGUAUCAUUUAAUUAUCUUGAAGCCACGCCAAGUGUUCUCUUUUUUUUUUUUAAACCAGUAUGUAGUCACCCUACAGCUGGUGGAAUACAAUGUGGUCAUAUGCAACACGGGGAGUGAUUCGGUGCCCCCAGUACGUUUGCUACUGGGAACUAGGGUAGCAUGUGUGUUUUGAACAAGUUUCUAACAUGUUGUCUUCUGCUCCCUACUCGCUGCCCUGGACGACUGAUGCUCUCUUGUCUUUUUUUCCCCCCCAUUAAACAGAAGAAAAUAAUGAUUAUUAUAUGCUGUGUGAUUCUGGGAAUUAUCAUUGCGUCAGCCGUGGGAGGCACCCUGGCUUAAACCUCUGCCACCAUACACACACACACACAAAGCAAAAACAGACAUACACUUUCACUCCCCAUUGGCCAUGAAUGCAAAUGUAUUACGCAAUGUUCGGCACACGGCGUGUCACAAUCUUUCCCACCCAACUGACGCGACGAAGACAUGUUUUGGCAUGAGUUUCUAGUUUUGUUUUGUUUUUUUUGUAAAAAUGUGUGGUGCUGCAACAAAUGUUUGCGUGUUGUCAACGAUAUGAUGUUUCCCCCUCGAAGCGAAUUCUUGUGUGCAAGAAGUCGCUAAAGGCAUGAUGUACCACUCUAUACGUUACAAGUAUGACAAUGUACCGAGUUGUCUGUGUUGUGUGUGGGCAACAUAACAGGCUACUAAAAUGUGUUGCUAGUUUUUUUUUUUAAAGACACGUUUACUGACAGUUUUUAAGUUUGUAUCCAAUGCCUGCCUGCACAGGUGUCAAAGUCAAGUCAGAUCCGGACCGCUGCGUCUUUUUAUGUGGCCCGCGAAAGCUAAUCACGUGUGACAACUUCCAUGAUCCUUGCUCAAAUCUGGACCUAAAUGUCAAAUUGUCACAUGUAAUAAAUAUCGUUGAGAAUUUGCAAUAAUUGUUUUUUACCCUGCUUGCACUCACUUGGACAAUAAUUGAACCAACAAUUGAAUCGUUUCAAAACUAGUAAUCUGUCCAUUUUAUUUGUUAUGUACAAGUAAUUAUACAAAGAGAUGAUUAAACAUUAUUUCGGUUUCACUGUUGUGAUGGCCCUGCGAUGGAAGACGUAACUGCAAAGUGGCCCACGACAAAAAUGGGUUUGACACCCCUGGAUUAGAGCGUUCCAGAUGUUGAGGUCACGCAACCCGCAAUGCACUGCGCAAAAUGUUUUCAA